AUGGAAAAUAUUAAAAUUGUCAAAGUGAUUGUAAAAUCUGUCUAAAUUGAUUCUCAUAGAACAGAUAUUUUGAGUGUAAUCAAGUGUAGUUAAAUAUGGAAUUUGAUAUUCUUAUAAUAUGUGGUUGGAUAUAAUAAGAUUAAUAUAGAAUAGCAAGUUAUAAGAAUAGCACUUUAGUUAUAGCUUAAUACUAUUCAGAGACAUCACUUGGAAUUAGAGAUUCUAAUAAAGAAGUCACUUGAUUAUUAAAUGAUUCUUGAAAUGCCUUAAGAUACUCAGAUAUCAUACUAUCAAAGAAUUAAGAAUUAUGGACUUUGA